CGGGGAGGCGGUAAGAUGGCGGCGGCGGCCGGAUGUGCGUCUUCCGCCCCUUCCCUCCCCAGCCGCUGGCGCUGCUGAGGCGGUGGCGGCGGGACUAGCAGCGCCCGCGGCCCGCCCCGCUCUGCCCCGCCCCAGCCCUCCCCCGGCGUGGGCCGCCCGGCCAUGUAGACGGGGCGGCGCGGCCGCUCUUCCCCGCGCAGCCGCCCGUCUGCCGGCCGGCGCCAUGGAGGACGUCGGCUCGGGCGUGAACGCGGACGCGGAGGUGCGGAAGCUGCAGGAGCUGGUGAAGAAGCUGGAGAAGCAGAACGAGCAGCUCCGCAGCCGCCACAGCGCCUUGCCCGCCGCCCCCGCCAGCCCCAAGCGCCUGCUGGGCAGCGGGCCCUCCCCGUCGCCCCCCGCUGCCUCCUCGCCCGACGGCCGCUGCCUCAGCCCCAGGGCCGCCGCCCGGCGGCCGCCCCCCGACGAGCCCGGCGGCGGCGCGGCCGGCGAGGAGGGCAGCGGCCUCCUGGACGACGCGGCGCUGCUCAGGCCGGAGGACCUGGAGCUGUUGGCCGGCUGCGACGAGGACGAGACCGGCUGGUUAUAUAUGUCCCCAAAGAAGAAACUCACUCCAGUGCAAAAAUGUGUCAGUCCAUUAGUUUGGUGCAGGCAGGUGUUGGAUUACCCAAGUCCUGAUGUUGAAUGUGCGAAGAAGUCACUGAUCCACAGGCUGGAACAGACAAUGUCAGCUCUCAAGAGACAGAGUUUGUAUAGCAGCCCUUUCAGUGCAGUCAGUUAUGCGAGCUCCUAUAGUCCAAAUACUAGUAGCCCCUACAGCAGUGGUUUCAACUCUCCCUCCUCAACACCAGUGAAAUCUGCUUUAGUGAAACAGCUCAUGCCUGCUGGUACCUCAGGUUAUCUUAAAAGUUCAGCAGAUAGAAAUCCUCCACUAAGUCCACAGUCCUCUUUGGACAGUGAAUUAAGUGCAUCAGAGAUGGAUGAAGACUCUAUUGGGUCUAACUACAAGCUAAAUGAUGUUACGGACGUGCAAAUUUUAGCACGGAUGCAGGAAGAAAGCCUCCGGCAAGAGUAUGCAGCAACUGCUUCUCGGCGUAGUUCUGGUUCUUCUUGCAAUUCUACAAGGCGAGGCACAUUCAGCGAUCAGGAGCUUGAUGCACAGAGUUUAGAAGAUGAAGAAGAUGGCACACAUCACACAGUGCACCCUGCUGUUAACAGGUUCUCACCAUCACCUCGCAGUUCUCCAUGGCCUUCACCAAAACAAUCUCCAAGGAAUUCACCUCGUUCCCGAUCACCUGCUCGAAGCAUAGAAUACAGUAGAGUGUCACCCCAACCUAUGAUUAGCCGUUUACAGCAACCUCGUCUUUCACUUCAAGGCCAUCCUGCAGAUUUGCAGACUAGUAAUGUCAAAAGUGAAGAAAAACUAAGGCGUAGUCUUCCAAACCUGUCCAGGACAUCUAGCAUCCAAGCUGAGUCUGUGAAAAACAGCAGAAGUGACUCAAACUUCCAAGUGCCAAAUGGAGGAAUACCUCGCAUUCAACCUCAAGCCUCAGCCAAUGUUUGUCAGAGUCUUGCUAUUGACAAUCGUAAAACGGUUUGUGUAUGAAGUCAAUGAGUAAGUAUCUUUGCUUAGUCUGGAUUUAAAAAUUCUCUGCAAAACUGUACAUUGUAUAAAAAUUUCCAGAAUUGUGUCCUCCUUAUUGUAUACUUUUUGUUUUAUUGGUUUUAUAUUUUGCCACCUUGCACAAAGCACUGUUAAAUUGCAGCAAAUUUUUUGUUUUCCCUUGGCAAUGACUUCUGGGUCUUGGGAUUUGAAGCUUCCUCAUAUACCUGCUAGUUUUGCAUGAGCUUACCUUUGCAAGGAUGCUGGCUUGCCACCCCGAGGUCACUACUUUUCUCCUUGUCAAAAAUCUGCUGUUCAUAAUUUACUUGCACAUUUGCUGUGGCUGCAAUGCUGAACUUGCUAUGAUUGCUGGCAUUCAAAAAUGAGUUAGGAAUCCAGUAGGUUUCUGAAGAGACAAUUCCUGUUAUGGUUACAUAGGCAAAUUGUACAUGCUUGCUUAAAGAAUAGAUGGAAGACACUUACAAUAUGUUUAGAUGUACAACUGUAAAACAUGAAAACAUUUGGCAUUUUAAGUUUUAGCUGUAAUGUGGUAAAAAAUCCAAAUUCUUUUUGAAAAGAGAUUGAGUGAAUCAAAUAGCAGUUGUAACAGAAUCUUCAUUUACAUCUGAUACUCCAUGCUGUUAUGCAGAAAGUUGGGGUUUUAUAUGUAAUUUUUUUUAUAUGAAAGCCAGUAAAUAUUUCACCUUAAAACACUGGAAGAUACAGUAAUACUUGCAUUCUCCAAGGAAUAGGUAUCUUUAGACUUUAAAGUGUUAGAAUGAUGGGAAGUCUCUGUAUUUGGGUCCUAGACCACAUAGUGCAAAGUCGUAGAACUUCUAGGCUGGCUUCUACAUAGGAGCUAUGUGCUUUCUAUUGAAUUGUGCGAUACUUUUCUACUUAUGUGGCACUAUUAGCACAUGGUUCUUUAAGCAGAGUUAAAUAUAAUACUUCUUCUAAGAGCUAAGCUGUAGAUUGUUGAAAUUAUCAGUAAAGUAACUAGCCUGCUUGCCAAGAUCCAGCUGCUUGGCAUGUUCAGAGUAAAAGAAGAAAGAAAGUGUAUGUUUUGAGGAAACCAAAUAUUCCAGUUCACUUGAUCAGAAGUAAAUGUAACUACUUGUAUUCAGCGUGCACCAUUUGUGACAGGUAAUGUAAUAGCAUAUGGAGCACUUCAAGAGCAGCAAAUAGUGUGGAUAAGCAUGCACUCCAGGCUUAUCUCAAACCGCAUGUUUCCUCAGCAUUGCUCAAAUUGCACUGCCUGAAGUUCUUUUCAGUGAUUCACUGCACAGAAUUGUUUAGCUAUUGAGUCUCUGUUUCCUGGAGUCUCCAUUGAGAAGGAAGGAAUUUGAGAUACAUAUAUUUUAAAGCCUUUCCAUAUCAUCCCACAUCUCUGACUUGCCAGUAGCGUAAAUAAUGAUGGGGGAAGAAACUUAGUGCUAUGUGCGGUAGUAUAUUUAAAUCUAACUGAAUGCAUUAGGACAAACUAAACUCAAGAUCAUAAAUAUGAAGGAAGAAGCUGUUCUUCUUUUUGUGUGGUAUAACAAAAAUACUGAUUCAGUAAAAAAUGGUAUAAUGGAAUACUUGUGGAUGGAAGCACUCUGGCCAGUGGUCUGCCUCACUAAAUUCCUGGGAAUUGUGCUCAUUUUUAAACAUUUGACUGUACUUAAUUAGCUCUUCGUGGGUAUGCCUUAAAAAAAGUUUAUAGCAAGACCAUGUGCCAGAAGUUGAAUAAAAAUUGAAUCUUGCCACAUGAUUUUUGCAUUAGAUUCUAGUUGUAGAAGGAAUAGGGGGUUUUAUUCUUAAUAGCCAUAGGCAGCAUUUUACCAUGUUUAUAAACACUUUAAUUCCUUUUUGCUGUUUGUUGAAAAUGACAGCUUUUAGUUAAGACUAAAAUGAAUAGACCACCUAGUCAUAUUUUCAGAAUGAAGGUAAACCACAUGAUGAUUCAUAGUUUGUAUUUUAUAAUUCACAAAAUAUUGUGAAUUUUGCACUGAUGGAAGGAUAGGAAAGGUGAUAGCAAUUAUUAUAUGCUACCAAAUUUGGAAGAGGAUUGACUAAUAUUAUUAGGAUUCCAAUUGUUCUUCCCCUACCUUCUUUAUAGCGAUAUUCACCAAUUAGUGAUAAAUUACUGAGCUUCCUUACUCAGUCAGAAUCUUUAGGCACAGCUGUUCCCCCAUCUUUCUUCCUUCUCGCUAUGGAAAUAAGCCUUACUAGUGCAAUCAGUUUUACGCUGGUAUAAAACUACAUAUACUGAGGUGAGCGGAGAUUUUUAUUCAUACAUUAUCAUUUUAAGAAGCCUUUGUGUAGGCAAAGCUUUAUUUCAUUGACUUAUUUUUGUCCUUCACUCCUUAAAUACACUAUGGUGAAAAUAUGCUGAGUCGAUGCGUUCCUUCUGGCAAUAGGUAAUUCUCUCCUUGCCAAGAUUCUGCAGCUCUUGGAACAUUGGCUUCUCUCUUGAUAACUGGGAGGUUGUGAAGUCAUUUCAAGGCAGUAUCAGCCCUUGAACAUUGCUAGAAAAAAGGCAGGACAUAGGAACAAUAAAAACAAUUUCUGUCAUGCUGUCUACAUGCUGGCAGCUGAUAAUUCUUCGUGUUAUGUCUUUGUUUUGAGCCAUCUUGCAUACCCUUUUGAGGAGGGAAAAAAAAAACAGACAUCUCUCAAAAUCUCUUACGUUUCCAUAACUGAAAAAUAGAAUUUAUUUGAUGAUCACAUUUAAACAAAGAUUUAUGCUUUUAUGUAGUGUUAGAACAUUUUUUUAAAAAACUCCCUUAAAAUGAAAAGUUUCUUGCUGGGUUAAGUAUGACGAUUGAAUUUUCAUCUUUGUUUCUAAUCUUGCACUCAUAUUGCUGUAGCAUGUUUGCUAGGUGGCUUCUUCUCCCUUUGGUGUAGUAUUUUUUUUUUUUUUUUUUGCCUUUCUGGGCUUUUUUGCCCUGCAGUUUACUCUUACAAAGUCUGCACAUUUUGCACUGCAAAAUUUCUGACAUGCUCCCCUCUAACUCUUUGCCAUUAAGAGCAAGCAGCAUUUAAAAAAAACCCCACCACUUCCAGAGGCCUAACAGCUUUUUGAGUGUUUUGCUCACUCUGUUCCUUGAUGCUUCACAAGUGGAUGCAAUUCUGAAAUUCCCAGUAAAUUUAGUUUUCUUAGCUUUUUAGACAUAUAUAAUACUUCUUGUCUUU